CGACUGAAUUAAUAUUGAAGUCGCGUUUCCAAGAUCGGCUUCAAUAUGUAUACAUUUGUGUGAGACGCAAAGAUGAUCAAACGGCUGCAUCAGAUACCUUCGAAUCAGCCACACGCUACCUAGAAAAAUGUAUAUGAAUCUACUGCACGGUUCUAGUUCAACGCCUGAUCAGUUGAAUUUCUUUUCUUCUGGUUCUGGUACAUAGAUUUGUGCCUAGGUGUAUGUGUAAGUCUUUGCAGCAGAUAUUGAGACUACAGGAUGAUGGCAUUGCACCACUACCAUUGGCCGGUACGCAUGUAUAAACCUUAUAAACCAUCAGCAAAUCAAGCUUCACCAGACUUGGUAAUUAAUUCAUCUAUCCCUUGGCAUCUGCCUUUCCACGUCAACAAGGCCUCCCACCUGCAGAGACUGCGCCACAUGGGGCUUAUCACAUCCCACCGCACCUUGACAUAUUUGAAUCUCUCGCCACCUUGCACCUUGCUCGCGCCCAUAGCCAGUCAAACAUCUCAUUUUAAUUGAAUUCAGCUGGAAAAUCGACCGGGACCACUAUCAUGUCUGUCGGAUUUGGGUUCUCAGUCGGCGAUUUCCUCGCGACGCUCAAGCUAGUCGGCAGCAUCGUCGACGCCCUCCGCGAAGCUUCCCACUCGACUUCCAUGUUCCAUGAGCUUCUAAACGAACUCGAAGCCCUCGAUACCGCGCUCAACCAUGUCAACAGAGUCGAAUUUGACGAUUCUCAGCAUUUUGAGCAGCUCGCGCUAUACCAAGCAGCUGCGCAAUGCCGAAGAUCGAUCGAUACAUUUUGGGGUGAGACCCGGAAAUACCAACCUCACUUAUCAAAAGAUGGGACAGACUCGCGGAUGAAAGAUAGCUGGAUGAAAGUCAAAUGGGCAGUGUGCAAGAAGAAAGAUGUUGAUGCGUUUCGCGCAGAGAUCCAGGCACACACGAGUAGUAUCCAGGUUUUAAUGGAUGCGAUCCUUGCUCAAAACCAGCGGAGGCAGUACAAAUCGCUAGCUGGGAAGAUUCAAGACCUUUCGUCGCAAGCUUUGGGCAGGUUGCGCGUUAUCGCAGAUGCCGUUUCCCACAAUGUCCAGCAAAGCACAGGCCUAGUAGAAACGUGCGCGAAAAUUCUGGAGACGAACUUGCGGGUUUUCCAGAUGAUCUACGACAUUCAGUUAUUUGUUACGCACAUCCCAGGGCAGGUGCAGCGUCAACAACCAGUCUACUUGAUCGAUGCGUUCAACAAAGAGAGUCCCUUCCACCUCGAAUUCGUUAGAUCGGCAGACGCUCUUCUGGCUGUCCUGAAGGCUAAUUAUAACGACUCGGGACUCAUUGAUAGGGGCCAGUUUCUGAUUGAAGAAGUAGGAAGCCAAAGAUUGAUUGAUCUUUCGCAAAACUGGGACAGCUGCUUCUAUCCCGGUCAAAGAGUUGCAAUGAGCAUGAUUCUCAGCACCAUUGAGCCAAGGUGCACCGACCCAUCCUGCCUUGGAUGCGGAACUCUGCAACCAGAUGUCACAGAUGAAGAAGUUACAUGUGCUGGCUGUGGGAUGAUAUACCGUCGGAUCCAGGAACUGCAACUUCCAGACGAACCCCAAGACGAUUCUGUCGAUUCGACACAGCUGCUCAAAAAAUUGAGCAAGCAACACGUACGAGAAUGGGGGACCAGUGGGACCGAGGAUUCCGUUGGAAACGACGAGUUUAUGAAGUACAGAAGGCUGCGUAUACUGCAUGGCCAUUCACAAGACGUUUGGAACGAAUGCGACAUCUAUCGCCUUGAGAAACGCUUACAGACUGUUCCACCUCAUAAUAAAGGCGAGAAGCGUCGGCAUUAUCCGUGCGUGUUUGUCCCACGUAAGGAGAGAUUGCCGUCGCUUGCUCGUCGGCCCGUUCGCAGACAGGACAAGAAGAUUGAUGAUAGGGAGCCAGUCAGUAUGCGACGACUUGACACUGUUCAAGCAAGCGGGAAAGAAACAGACAGACAAGUUGAGGAUGAAUAUCAGGAGAUGACCAAGAAGAAAAAGAAGAGAAGGAAGAACAAAAGGAAGAAGCCUGUGAAUGUAGCACCUGUUUGA